AUCUCGCCGCUUCAAAUCCCAGUUUUUUUUUUCCCAUGAAAGAUGCCCGAGUCGUCUCGAGCUGGACAGAUUUAACUCGUGACUCAGCUGUUUACUUGCUCUUCACGUUUGCAGCCAUCAAAGUAUCUCAGUUCCUCUACCGUUGCUUUAAAUCCCCUGAAACGUCGUCGUUUUCUAUGGAGACCCACCCAGAAGCUCUCCGGCGAGAUCGAAUUCUUUCCAGCAAACUUUACUUCGAAGUCCCCAAAUCAAAGGUUUCGAUUAUCUAUUCAUCUGCUUACGACAUCUCGUUCAUGGGGAUUGAGAAAUUGCAUCCAUUUGAUUCGACCAAGUGGCGUCGAGUUUGCAAGUUCCUUGUUUCUGAUGGGUUUCUGGAGGAGAAAUCUAUCGUCGAGCCUCUAGAAGCUUCAAAUAGUGAUCUUUUAGUGGUACACUCGUUGAACUACUUAAACAGCUUGAAAAGCAGUGCAACUGUCGCUAGGAUAACCGAGGUUCCACCAGUUGCUAUUUUCCCAAAUUUUCUUGUGCAGCAGAAAGUUCUUUACCCAUUCCGGAAGCAGGUUGGUGGGACAAUUCUGGCAGCUAAACUUGCAAUAGAACGUGGAUGGGCAAUAAACAUAGGAGGAGGUUUUCAUCAUUGUACUGCCGAAAGAGGAGGCGGGUUUUGUGCUUUCGCUGAUAUUUCUCUUAGUAUUCAAUUUGCAUUUCUUCGUCUAAGAAUAUCAAGGGUUAUGAUAAUAGAUCUUGAUGUUCAUCAAGGGAAUGGCCACGAAACAGAUCUCGGCGAUGACAGUCGCGUUUACAUUCUGGAUAUGUACAAUCCUGAGAUAUACCCUUUUGAUUAUAGAGCUAGGAGUUUUAUCGACCAGAAGGUUGAAGUGGUGAGCGGGACCACUACCGAUGAGUAUUUGAGGAAGCUAGACGAAGCCCUUGAUGUUGCUUCACGAAGCUUUCAACCAGAGUUGGUGGUUUACAAUGCUGGUACUGAUAUCUUAGACGGAGACCCUCUGGGGCUUCUAAAGAUAAGCCCCGAUGGGAUAACUAGUAGAGACGAGAAAGUCUUCCGAUUUGCAAUGGAGAGAGAGAUUCCUGUUGUGAUGCUGACUUCAGGUGGGUACAUGAAGUCGAGCGCCAGAGUUAUUGCGGAUUCCAUUGAGAAUCUCUCACGUAAAGGCUUGAUUCAGAUGCGACCGGAUUCAGUUUCCACUUGAACUGUUCUCUAGAGCCAAAGCUUCUAUGCGUUGCCGUGUGUGAAUAAUAUAACCGUCUUUGUGUGUUUGAUUUUGUUCCUUUUCCGUUUUUUGUUUAAACGGAAUGUAAAUUGAUAGAGCGAAGAACUAUAUUUUAAAAUUUUGUGAUAGUAUUUUUAGCAAUGAAAGUAGUUAAUUUU